GAAGGCAUGGCAGCGUCUCUGUCUCCAUGGACAGAUUCAUUCCUGUGGGUCUCUGUCUCCCUCCUCUCUCCCACCUCCUCUUUCUUUCUGGCUCUCUCUCUCUCUCUCUCGGGUUCUCUCUCUGCUACCUUUUUUUUUCUUUCACUCUCCUGUUUUCUUCUCUGUUCCCUUAUUUCCCGUGCUUGGUGUGUUUUUUAGCGUGUGUUUGCACACGUGCAUUCACCCCUGUCUUCGUUUUCCUGUUGCGUUCUCCUGCUCUGAACACCUUUGCCUUCCCUCUGCUGUCCGUAGCCUCGUGUGCCUGUGUGUGUGUGUGAGAGAGAGAGAGGGUGAUGGAUGGUGCUUUGUCCAUGGAUGACAUACGCUGCGACAUGAAGCUCAGCACUGUUGUCUUCAGGAAGGGAGUGGAGAGUCUUGGGCUAACGGUCUACCUGGGCAAAAGAGACUUUGUGGACCAUCUGGAUCAUGUGGACCCAGUGGAUGGCGUGCUGCUGAUCGAUCCGGAAUACCUGAAAGACAGAAAGGUGUUCGUGACGCUGACCUGUGCGUUCCGGUAUGGCCGUGAAGACCUGGAUGUGCUGGGCCUGUCCUUCAGGAAGGACCUGUACAUUUCCACUUUCCAGGCCUACCCACCUCUGCCCGAGGAGAGGAAGCCUUACAGCCGUCUUCAGGAGAGGUUACUGAAGAAGCUCGGCCAGCACGCGUAUCCCUUCUACUUCACUAUUCCCCAGAACCUGCCCUGCUCCGUCACUCUGCAGCCUGGACCCGAGGACACAGGCAAGGCCUGUGGUGUGGACUUUGAAGUCAGAGCCUUCUGUGCCAAAUCAGUGGAGGAGAAGAUCCACAAAAGGAACUCUGUGAGGCUGGUUAUCAGGAAGGUGCAGUACGCCCCGGAGAUACCCGGCCCUCAGCCCACAGCAGAGACCACGCGCAGCUUCCUCAUGUCUGACCGCUCCCUGCACCUUGAGGCCUCUCUGGACAAGGAGCUCUACUACCACGGCGAGCCGAUCAGCGUCAACGUCCACGUCACUAAUAACUCCACCAAAACUGUCAAACGAGUCAAAAUCUCGGUGCGACAGUACGCUGACAUCUGCCUGUUCAGUACUGCUCAGUACAAGUGCCCUGUGGCGCAGUUUGAGGCAGAUGACCAGGUGUCCCCCAGUUCCACCUUCUGCAAAGUGUACACCCUCACCCCCACGCUGAUCAACAACCGGGAGAAGAGGGGCCUGGCUCUGGACGGCAAGCUGAAGCACGAGGACACCAAUCUAGCCUCCAGCACCAUUGUGAAAGAUGUGUCCAACAAGGAGGUUCUAGGGAUCCUGGUAUCUUACCGGGUCAAGGUCAAGCUGGUCGUGUCCCGUGGAGGCGACGUGUCUGUGGAGCUGCCCUUCGUCCUGAUGCACCCCAAACCUACAGACCAGCCCAGCUCCAGGCCCCAGUCAGCCGUGCCAGAGCAGGACGCCCCUGUGGACACCAACCUGAUAGAGUUUGAGACAAACAACUUCUCUCAGGAUGAUGACUUUGUGUUUGAGGACUUCGCUCGCCUCCGGCUGAAAGGAAUGAAGGACGACAAGGACGAGGACGACCACUUCUGCUGAGGGUCCCUCCCCCUGCAGGGCAGUGGGCCAGUGAGGGAGGGUGGGGGUGGUGGUGUAUAGACAUAGGCAAGACCAGUGGGCCAAUGGGAUAAAGCGGGUGUGGUCUAUUUUUUUAUAGCUCCUUCUCCUCUCUCUAACUCUUCUUGCUUCUGUGACAACUUUUGCUGAUCGGUUGGCCUUUGCUCCAAUGACCGUGUCAGAGAGAUGGAAAGGAACAAUGUGGGUCCUGUGACCAUUAUUGGCAAGUGAAAACACUGGGGCCAUUGGGUCAGAUGAAAUCAUGUUCUUUCAUUUUGUUUUUCUAUGUCCUACUUCAUAUUAAGUGGGAAAUUUAUACCUAUGUCAUUACAUGAUAAGCAUGAUGUUACUCCAGUGUAAGAACAUGGGUUGGUUUAUUUAUUAUUUUUUUUUUUUACAUAGUCACUAAUGUGGAAUACAAGUUUUUAGUUUAUGUUAUUGCACAUUAUCUCAUUAACCUUAACAUAAACUUAACUCCAAGACCACAUUUUGAUGUAAUCACUGUUUUCGCAUCGCAGGUGCGCAGUCUGGCAAAUGUGUGCUGCUGUAUACCUGCUGUACUUACUUACCGCUCACUUAAUGUAUAGAGUUGCUUUAUUUUUUUUGUUUUUAAUAGCUCAACAUAAUCAAAGCCAGAGACGUGUGUGUGAGACCGCAAAACGACAAAUUGUCCUCGUAUUUUUAUACCAACCACUUUUAUCCUGUAACUGUACAGGACGUCUGUAUACUUGCGUGGGGCCUGGGUUGAGGCGGCCGCCAACAUGCCAAAUCCCGCGCGGACUUCAGAACACGAGCGCGACGGGCACACGCACGCAGUUGGGCUUCAAGGUUUUGUGUUUUUCCCCAAUGACCGUGGGGCCGUGAAUGUCGACUCUGUGUCGUUUUCCUUUUCUUAACCUGAUUUGGAUGCGGUGGGAUGUUGCCAAAAGGAAGCAGCUCCAGGAAAGGCCGACGUUUUAAUACAAGUACUACUUUGACGAUUCAAUCGACCCCCGGUGAUACGCUAACGGCUCAGAUGAAAAUACCACCUGUAUGCACAAUGCGAUCUGGCUCCUUCCGAGCGAAGGUAUUCCCACAGCCGCAUCCAGACACUGCAAAAUGGUCAGGAGGGCUGUGAAUUUAUGCACGAGUGAAUCAGCAGUACCCCAUCCCUUACGUCAGUAAGAAUCGAUCCAGUUCAUUCAAGUUAGUGAUGUAGCGCUCUGUAAGCCUGCCCUCAUGUCAGCCUGGAGCGUUAUCACUGUACCACACUUCACGACUCUUAAUGAAAUGGUUUUUAUUUUUACUUUUUUUUUUUUUUUUUUUUUUGCAGGAGUGAGGAGUAGUUGCUGCUGUAAAAUAAAUCUGUAUAUGAUGAAUUUUGAUGGGAGAGGGCUGUUUUGAGUAUAGGUGCUUUCUAACACUGGGCUCCAUGUUGCCGCCCUGGUGCCUGGAAGCAAAAGUACAGUUGGUGGUUCAUUUCAGGGUUUUGUAGGCAGUGUUUAGAUUUGACUCUUACGAUCUUAUGCAUCUUAUGGCAAACAAUCGGAUCUGAAUAGAGCGUAAGUUUAAGCUUAGAGGGAAAAUAGAUCUUUUAUUGUUGUCAUUGUUAUGUAUUUUAAUUUUAUUACAUUACUAUUAUAACAACCAGAGAUGUACAAAAGGUGCCAUUUUUUUAAUUUUUAGAUUUUUAUUUUUUAUUAAAAGAUAGAAUGAACUAACCUGAAUAUCCCUUCUGUAUGUUCACAGGUAGUGUAUUUUAUUAAAGUUUAAAGUAAGGCC